UAAUUCGUACAACUUACCACCAUAAUCAAAGUAUUGAAAUAGCAUAGAUUGCAGUGUGAUGGGCUAUAGUCCAAUAUUGAGGAACUGUACCAUGGUAACCAGCGCACUAAAUAGAGUAAAGAAGGUUUCGUCUACGGAGUUCGGCCCUCGUUGGUCUGCAACUUCUGUAGUCACUAGCGGGUAACAAAUGGCAACCAACACAAGUUUUCAACUGUUUUCAUCAUCUAACGAUAAACCCAAUUUGGGUUUAGGGUUCUUGGAGUCCUCGGAGCCGCAGCUGCCACCUCCUCCUCCCCCUGUCGAAGUCCUCUCCUCAGAGGUUUCUUCUUCUGUGAAAUACACUGUGGAGCCUGUCAACUUGGAUGGCCUUACUUUACUCAAGGGAAGAGUGAGUACUAAAGAGGUUCUUGGGUUGCCUAACUCGGAUUUAGUCCCUGGAAUAUAUGAAGGGGGACUUAAGCUAUGGGAAGGUUCAUUAGACCUUGUUAAAGCUCUGCGCUCUGAGAUUCAAAAUGGAUGUCUAUCAUUUGAGGGAAAACGAGUGUUAGAGCUUGGAUGUGGUCACGGACUUCCUGGGAUAUUUGCAUGUCUCGAGAGUGCAGCUGAGGUGCAUUUUCAGGACUUCAAUGCUGAGGUCCUACGGUGUCUCACUAUCCCAAAUGUAAAUGCAAAUCUCUUGGAGAAGGCUAAACCUGAAACUGUAUCAGAAGUGCGCUUCUUUGCUGGUGACUGGGGUGCGAUUCAUCAGUUACUUCCUCAUGCACGUGAAAGUGAAAUAAACUUGACUUCUAGCUCAGAACAUGGCCAAGCUUCUGCUUACGAUGUUAUUUUAAUGGCUGAGACGAUUUACUCAAUCUCAGCGCAAAGGAAUCUCUAUGGACUUAUAAAGAAGUGCAUGAACCAGCCAAAUGGAGUUGUAUACUUGGCUGGAAAGAAGCAUUAUUUUGGUGUAGGAGGGGGAACACGACAAUUUCUUUCCAUGCUUGAGAAAGAAGUUCACAACACUGUUGUAAAAGCCUGACUGGACUAGCCAGUUAAAUGGGAACAGGUGUUAUGGCUGCAACUCUUGUUACUGAAGUUGCCGAUGGUUCCUCUAAUGUACGCGAGGUAUGGAAGCUUUCGUAUAAGUAGAUCCACAAUUUUGGUUCAUUGGGAUAUUUACUAUGCUACAAUUCUGAGUAUGAUUGAUUUUCAGGAAAUGUUAUUCUACAUAUGUGAACGAUAUAUAUGAUUAUUAUAUUUCAUGAAUAUUCCCAGUAGUCAUGUUUAAUAGUCUUUUUAUUCUCUAUCAUAGUCCAGAAAUUUAUCAUUGGAACUAAAAAUGAACAACUCCCUAUCUAAAACUUUGUAUUCUUUUGCAUUAGACUUAGCUAAGAGCUCGGUGGUAUGUUGGAACAUCUAUUUUCUCUUUUUAGUUAAAAGAGUUUUCAUAUAUUUAAAAGUUUAUAUAUUGUCAUA